AUGUGGUCCCCAGUUCCAGCUCCUGACUACUAUCACCACUAUCCGCCUGCUCAAAAUUUUGCUCCUCAAAAUUAUCACCAAGUCAUCAAUGUGCACAACUAUCAUUUCCAUCACCAGCCCAAUUUUGAGGCCACGUGUGCCACGUCAUCACAAUUACAGUACCCCCCGGAUGCCACGUCAUCACCACCACCCACAUUUGAUCUCCUGCCACCACCCUCUGUCUCGUCUCUCUCGUUUUCAAGUGAUCUCUCGUCGUCGUCGUGUCACAGUACUACUUGCAGCAGUUCGACAGAAGAGGAUCCACGUAUCCCUUUAAAAGACCGUGGCCGAGUUUAUCACCCGGAAUCCACGAAGAAGGAAAAAGUUAGGCCAAGUCGGCGGAGGGAUAAGGAGACGUUGGACAAAUUGAGAGUUCAUAGAUGCGAGUAUGCUGGUGAGUACUGUAGGGGGUACUGUAGAAGCUUGAGGAGCCUUUGGGUUACUGUAUAAAAUCUAGGGUUACUGUAGAAGCACUGGGAUAAUUGUAGAAGCUGUUGGAAGGCUUCCAGAAAGGUCUAGAGAGUACUGUAGGGGAUUCAGAGGUACUGUAGAAUUACCCAGAGGUACUGUAGACUCUCUAAGAUUACUGUAGACAACUCCCAAGGAACUGGGUUACUGUAGAAGGCUUGGGAACAUUUUUUAAAGAAAAUUCCAAAGAUUUUGGUAGAUCAAAAUUAACCAGCUUCAAAACGCCUUUGGGUUACUGUAGGGAGUACUGUAGAAUUUCCAAGAAAUUUCGAAGAUACUGUAAACAAUUUCCAAGGAACUGGGUUACUGUAAAAGCCCUUGGGUUACUGUAAGAGGUACUGUAGGUUUCUAGGGUUACUGUAGGUACUCUAGAUUACUGUAGAAAAUUUCCAAGUUACUAGGUUACUGUAGAAGCUCUUGGAACCUUUUUUUUGAGAAAGUUCUGGAUUUUUUGUAGAUCAAAACUAGCUGGCUUUAAAAAGACUCUGGGUUACUGUAGAGGGCCUGAAAGUACUGUAGAAGAUAUAGAAGGUACUGUAGAGCUUCCAGGGUUACUGUAGUGCCCAGCCUAACUAACUCAUCAAAAAUUUUGCAGGUUGCGGUAAAGUGUACACGAAAAGCAGUCACCUCACAGCUCAUCGUCGUGUUCACAGUGGUAAGUGGCGGGAAGGGGUACUGUAGGCGCCUUUAAAAAAAGAGCAGCAAAAUUUGGCACUUGAGAACUACUGUAUCUCUUUUUUGUCGCGAGCGGCUAUCAAAACAAAUAUUUGAUCUACCUGCCCCCAAAUCUACAGUAAUCCAUCAUGUUUUGGGGUUUUUUGUCGGCGGAAAUGUGAUAUGAGUUAGAGGAAAUCCAAUUACAUAUAAAUAUUGAUACAGUAGUUUUCUCGCGCGCAGAUGAGAGAGUGAGAGAGUGCAGAGAUGUGAGAGACGCAGAGAAAAUUUAUGAGAGGCGGCAUAUUUUUUAUGAGUAGGGAGAGGGAUUAUUUUGUUUUGAUAAAAAAAAUUUUUAGGAGAAGAAGAUUACUGGGGUACUGUAGGGGGGUACUGUAGCUACAGUAAUCAUGGUACUUUCAGGAGAAAAACCGUACUCGUGCGAAUGGCCGAAUUGCACUUGGCGCUUCGCCAGAUCCGACGAAUUGACACGUCACUACCGUAAGCACACCGGUGCCAAGCCGUUUCCGUGCCGCGUUUGCGGAAGGAAAUUCGCGCGCAGCGAUCAUCUGCAGCUGCAUAUGAAGCGACACGAGGAGCCGGAAUUUUUUGAAAAUUCGAUUUUUGGCGGCGGCGGCGGGAAAAAUGAGAUGCUAGAAGAAGAAUUCGCUGAUUCGGAGCAGGAGAUGUUUUUUAUGAUGGGAUUUCCCACUAUUUGA